AUGACGAGCACUGAGGCCGCUCACAAAGACGAAUCAAAUAACGCUAAUAAUAAUAGCAGCGGAACGAAUGCCGCAACGACAGUGACAACCGACGAAUUGGUAUCGACGGUGGGCCAUGGCUCUGUUGGCUCCCAGUGGGACCUGGACAGUCUUCGUGAGCUGUACUUGCCCAAACAGAUCAGCGACAGAGAAAUCAAUCACGAGGAUGGCAGUGUUACGUACAAGAGCACACACUCGUACCCACCAGUACGAAGACUACGGCCUUCUGAACGCAAGCGGAUCCUCGUGACGGGCGGCGCUGGUUUUGUUGGAUCACACUUGGUUGACCGACUAAUGUUGAUGGGUCAUGAGGUCAUUGUACUCGACAACUUUUUUACGGGAACAAAGCGGAACGUGCAGCACUGGAUUGGUCACCCGCACUUUGAAUUGAUACGACACGAUGUGGUGGAUCCGUUCAUGAUUGAGGUUUCGCAGAUUUAUCAUUUGGCUUGUCCGGCGUCGCCGCCACAUUAUCAGUAUAACCCAACAAAAACGGUGAAGACAAGCGUCAUGGGAACGAUCAAUAUGCUCGGUUUGGCAAAGCGUACAAAGGCUAGGUUCUUGUUAACUUCAACUUCUGAAAUUUAUGGUGAUCCGGAAGAACAUCCCCAGCGGGAAACGUAUUGGGGCCACGUGAAUCCAAUUGGACCACGCGCAUGCUAUGAUGAGGGCAAGCGAAUUGCAGAAACGCUGACUUAUGCGUACAUGCGCCAGAAUGAUGUGGAUGUGCGCGUUGCCCGGAUAUUCAAGCAAGGAUCAAAUUUUCUAAAUGCGGUAUAUUUAAUAUUAGGGCCACGAAUGUCUCCAGCGGAUGGUCGGGUCGUUAGCAACUUUAUCAUGCAAGCACUCAAAGGCGAGCCACUGACAUUGUAUGGUGAUGGACAACAGACACGGUCAUUCCAAUAUGUCCAUGAUCUCGUGGACGGCUUAAUUUUGCUAAUGAACAAAAACUACAUGGAGCCGGUAAACCUUGGCAAUCCAGAAGAGUAUACCAUCAAGGACUUUGCAGAUAUCAUCCGGGAGCAAGUUGCGAACUCGCCCGUCGGACCUGACAACGUCAACAUCAAGAUCUUACCUGCAGCCAUGGACGAUCCAAAGAAGCGCAAGCCGGAUAUUAGCCGGGCACUAAAGUUUCUGGGAUGGAAACCGCGAUUCGCUGUACGACAAGGAUUGCAAGAAACUGUGGAUUGGUUCAAGUUAGAGGUGGAGGAAGGACUCAUAUAG